CUUCCCCUUCUCAUUUCAGACAUAGGCAAAAAGCGCAGAAACCUCCAUCUCAGAGAUGCUGCUGCUGCUGCCCCUGCUGUGGGCAGGGUCCCUGGCUCGGUAUGACGGAUACCUACUGGAAGUGCAGGAAUCCGUGACUGUGCAGGAGGGCAUGUGCGUCUCUGUGCCCUGCACCAUCUACUAUCCCCAGUACUCCUGGACUGACUCUGCCCCAGCUCAUGGCUACUGGUUCCGGGUAGGGGCUGAUACCAACCGGGAUGCUCCAGUGGCCACAAAUGACCCAGUUCGUAAAGCACAGGAGGAGACCCAGGGCCGCUUCCAACUCCUUGGGGACCCCCGGACCUACAACUGCUCCCUGGACAUCAGAGACGCCAGGAGGAGCGAUGCUGGAAAAUACUUUUUUUGGGUGGAGAGAGGAAGGGGAAAAAGGGCUUCCAGAUUGAAUUAUCUCACUGUGCAUGUGACGGCCCUGACCAACACACCCCACAUCCUCAUCCCGGGAACCCUGGAAUCCGGUCACCCCAGGAACCUGACCUGUUCUGUGCCCUGGGCCUGUGAGCGGGGCACACCCCCCAUCUUCUCCUGGACAUCAGCUGCCCUCACCUCCCUGGGUCCCAGGACCCACCUCUCCUCAGUGCUCACCCUCACCCCACGGCCCCAGGACCAUGGCACCAACCUCACCUGUCAGGUGAAGUUCCCUGAGGCUGGUGUGACUGUGGAAACGACCAUCCAGCUCAACGUCACCUGUCCUCCAGAGAACCCAGAAAUCAGUGCCUGCCUAGGGGAUGGCACAGGGGAACCAGGAACCAGGGCAGGAUUGAUUCAGGGGAUCGUUGGGGGAGCUGGUGUCACUGCACUGCUAGCUCUCUGCAUCUACCUCAUCUUUGUCAUAGUGAAGACCUGCCAGAAGAAAGUGGCCAGGACAACAGUGGGCGUGGAUGACAUCCACUCUGCCAUGGGACCAGCUUCCCUGGGUCACCAGCAAGGGUCCAAGUUAGACAGUCCUGCUGACACUACAAAUGAUACAGGGAUGGUCUCUGCCUUUGAGGUGGAGCAUGAGCUGCAUUAUGCUUCCAUCAGCUUUAACAGAGUGAAUCCUCAGGAGGGCACCCACAGGACCCAGUGAGGAACCAACCAGAGCUCAGUGUCAGCCAGAGCAUCCAUAUCCUUUAGAGGAAGGGGGACCCAAAGGGUGGUUUUUGGAAACUUAACAUCUCCAUAGGCAGUGGGUUUAUAAACUAUGGUAUGUGAUUUUCCUGCUGUACUGGAACUACGUUAGGCUUUGCAAUCAGAGAGACCUGGAAUUGAAUCCAUGCCUUUUUAUUAAUAGUAGAACAUCAGCCAAGCCACCUUACUCUUCUAUGUCUUGGUUUCUUGCUUUGUGAAAUAAGAAGUCCUAACUCAUAGAGUUGCUGUGAGGAUUAAAUAAAAGUACUUAUGGAAAACA